UCUUAACGUGUUUCCUUAUACCUAUCUGUGCAAAUUUGACAAACGUAGGAGCAAUCCGGAUGUUAGUCUCGGAUAAUCGGUAUCCCGUACUUUGGUCGGCGAUCCAGAGCAGCGCUACUGUAUCGUAGUCAUGUAGUGCCAGAGAGUACAAACUUUACCAGCUCUCCAGAUUUUGAUCGUUGUCAAACUCUGCCUUCCGCUCAAUCGGAUCCUCUUGUGUCUCGUAGAUCGCUGCAAUGCGAACCCAGAGGCUUACUUGGUCAUGUAAAAAAUCAUGUAAAGGUACGUAACUUUGGUGCAUCUAGAUAGUAUGCCCUUGCCUUGCAGAAUCGCUCUUGUUAAAGAUGACAACAAAGCCUUUUGUGUGUCAGCAACGACUCUCGCUACAAUAACCAAAGAAUUUACUUAUUGCGGGUAGUUGCAUAUUCUUCUUACACAACUACUGCAACAUUGCAGAACUGGUCUUGAUAUGUUCCACGGCCGUGCCAAGCUUCAACGUAUGAUUCAUGGAUAGCAACCUUGCAAAAUAUGCAAUUUCCCGUUCAAUGAUCAAGAGUUAGAUUCUGUGAAGUCGAAAAGGGUACGAUCCGCAUCUCAAUUUGUGGCGCCAAUCCUAGAAAGAAAAUCGUUGAACCGGUCAGCAAUGGUAUGGUAACUUAACGGAGAACUCUAAGAACUUUCAGAACGGGAGGGGUAGCUUAAACUGGAGAGUAGGGCUGCAUAACAACAUCAUUAAGAUUGUCUGUUGCUCAACGUUGAAGUAAGAUGGCAGCUUGCAGCUUUAGGUCUCGAGUCCGAGAUUGUAUGUGCUUGCUUGAUUGCUUGCUUGCCAAUCCAGAGAGCCAAGCGCUGAAGAUUCGAUAUAUCAAAAAGUAGGACAAGAUCGGAUAAGGUUGUGAGACGCCAAAUUUCAUCUUGUGGGUUUUAGAAACUUCUUCUUCAGAUGAUAUUUGUCUCUUCUCACGAACCUUUCAUCUCUAUUUCUCUUCUCUUCUUAUCUUUUUUGAAUGUUGGUGUUUCCCCUCCCCUCAGCCGACUUCAUAAGGAGCCGGAGUGUCAAAUUUAAAGUUGGUACUAGCGUCAAUUUUGGGACAGGAGGAAGAGAGAUAUUCACCAAGAGGGGCACAAUCUACAAAUUUACAUAUUCACAUUCGCAUUCACAUUCAAUUGGUUAUCUUUCAACUUCAACUUCAAAUUCUUUUCACUUCCAUCUCCGAGUUGUGACCUUUCCAUUAAAGAAGUUUUCUUUUCAAAAACUUCUUUCUAUCCAAAACAACAACCAACCUUUUUCUUUCCCCAAUUCAGUCAGUGUAUAACCAUAACAAAUAAUCACCAAAGAACACAAGUUAUCAGGACCUGAGAGUCAAGAUGGCUCCUUUGAUCGUUCCCCGUGGGGAUGUCUCUCCAUCAAAUUCUGAGCUCCUCCAUAAUACCAUUGGUUUUGUGAUUCCUUCUUUCAUCUUGUUUGGUUUCCGCAUUCUCAAUGCUACCUGGGUCAUGGCCAAGAUGAGAUUUGAAGAUUGGCUCAUGUGUGUCACAAUGUGCUUCUACACAGUGCUCUUAAUUUUGAUUAACGUUUCUGCUCGUUAUGAAACCAAUCUGUUCCCUCCAGAGCAGCUGGCUUCAAUCAUGGCUGACCCUGACGACGUGGCUUCGCGCAUUCAUGGCUCUAUCAUUGUCAUUCCGCUUGAACAAUGUAUGCUUGCUUCCACCUGGUGCGUCAAGGUUUGCAUUUGGCUCUUCUUGUGGCGUCUUUGUCGCAACCUUCCAAAUUUGCAAAUGGCACUCAAGAUCCUCAUGGGUUACAUUGCUAUUGGCUACGUCGUAAUCAUGUUCGUCUACUACGUUGGUGUCUGUCGUCCAUUCAAACAAUACUGGGCAGUUCCGGUUCAAGAUGAACAAUGUGCGACAUACCAGCAUUAUUCCAUCGUUCAAAUGGCUUUCAACAUCAGUUCAGAUUUUGGUUUGAUCCUCAUUCCACUCUGGAUGUUUUAUAUUGCACGUCUUCCACCUAUGCGCAAAGCUAUCUUGAUGGGCGUCUUUUCUCUCGCUGUCUUCACAAUUCUUGCAGCCAUCUUGAAUAAAUAUUACAACUUCUCUAGCCCUUUGACAACAACUUAUCAACUUUGGUACAUUCGCGAAUCUUCAGUUGCUAUCUGGGUCGGGAAUCUCAUUUGCUGCUGGCAGAUUGUUCAAAAGAUCUUCAAGGCUCGCUCUUUCGAUAAUCAAAAGGCAGAGAUUGAGAUGCACCCAGAGAUGAUUGCUCGUAUGCAAAAUCCUUCAAACUACACUGAGAAUGGUAGCCCAAAGCCAAAAGACUGGAUGGAUCAACUCAUUGCUCGUCGCAAGGCACUUGGGGAAUUUCUCUCUGUUGCUACCCGCUCACGUUUUACCAACCGUGCUUCUGGCCGCUCGGGAGAACCUUUGAACUCUUCGAGUGACCAAACUGCUCUUGCUAACUCUCGUGGAGAUCUUGUCUCUAUGAUGACAAUGGAAAAGGGUGACGAGGAUGCAAUAUCGCCAACUCUGGCUUACAGAGAGAACGAGAAAAUUGCUUAAGCAAUCUUCUCAUUCUUACCUACGUCACUCUAUAACUAACUCGACUUGAACUUUUCGAACUGGGCUAUGAUAGAACUGACCGCUUGGUACGCGUUAUGAUGUUUGAUGAUUUUACGAGUUCUGAUAAAAGAUGAUACACGGUGAUGAUUAGAAGAGGAGUUAGAAACGGAUGGUGGUUCAAUUACUUUACUUCUAUAGUUGAUGCUUUCGAAUCACCUGUUUUCUCUACAAGGAUUUUCCAUUGACUCUCCUGUACUUUGUAACUUUAGUUCACGAGUCGCGCGCGCAAAUGCUCAAAUAUGGUGGGAAUUCCCAUGUAUAAUAUAGUAUUCUAGAAAACUCUC